CGGUGCGGCCCCGCCCCGCCGCGCUGGGCGGGAAACUGGGCUGGCGGCUGGGAUCGCGCGCCUGACGGGAGCCCGCGGCCCUGAGGGGGGAUCGCGGCCCUGAGGGGAGCCCGCGGCCCUGAGGGGAGCCCGCCCCAUGGAGGCGACGGAGGAGGAGCGGCUCCUGCUCACUCAGAGGCUGAAGGCUGCAGUUCACUACACGGUUGGCUGCUUGUGUCAGGAUGUGGCAGAAGACAAAGAUGUGCAAUUCACCAAACAAACCAUUGCAGCUAUUUCAGAGAUCACCUUCAGGCAGUGCGACAACUUCGCAAAAGACCUUGAAAUGUUUGCAAGGCAUGCUAAACGAAGCACAGUCACUACAGAAGAUGUGAAGCUUUUGGCUAGAAGGAGCAAUUCUUUGCUAAAGUAUAUCACCCAGAAGAGUGAAGAGCUUGCAUCAAGUAACAUGGAGCAAAAGGAGAAGAAGAAAAAGAAGUCCAGUGCAGCUAAGGGAGGGAAAACUCCUGGGGAACAAGAAGCAGCUGUGAAUGAAAGUGAAGAUUCCAACAUGGCAUGAUUUACCUUUCAAGUAAAGUUUCUGGUCAUUUUCUCUUACUCUCAUAGAGGAACUGAAGUUAGUCUAUUAGAGAUUCCUCUUGCAGGUUAGUAACAGUAAUGAAUCUUUAGGUUUUUAGGUGAACAUUAGUUAAAUUUUUUUUGUUCCAAAAAUGAAAAGCCUGCCAGAAUUAAGUAAAGCUUACAGCCAAAAUGCCUUAAUUGCUCACAAAAAGGUAUGUUGCUGUUAUUAAAAAGAAAAUUCUUCAAAUAAAGAGUUUAAAGCAGAACACUUUCACUGACCAUGUUACCUCAGUAUGUGCAACACCUUCCUAGUCUGACUUCCUUCUUCCUUCCAUUUUUGUUUUAAUAGCCAUAUUUCUCACUGUCUUGACAAUUAAAAGUUUUGUGCCGUUUUUCACCUGUGA